AUGUUAACUAAAGAUGCUGCUCCCGUUAUUCCAUCUUUUUUUCAUUUAGUCAACUAUUUAUGUGAACGGGGUUUCAAGUGGCUGCUUAAACCUAUUAAAAAGUUAGAUUUUUUUCUUCCACAGAAACUAAAUCCUGAUAUAUGCACAGGAGCGUUUUUCAGAAGUAGCGAUUCUGACGCUUUAGUACUGGGCAGCACAGAACUGCCUUCCUCCUUUCAACAAAAACUUUCUUACAGCGGCCCUUUGAAAAGAACUGCUGUAGGUUAUCAGAAUAUAUACGACGCUAUCAAAGAUGCCCUCAAAGAAAAUGUUUGUCUUGGUUUCACUGACUAUUAUCAUUGGUGGUUUAGUAAUAAUGAAGCUGGUUGGGCAGGAAAACUGUUAGUUGUGGAUCCAAACGAUACGGAAAUUUAUCAAAUUUUCUUUGAUGACAACGUUUCCUUAGACGAAAGGGAGAAAAAUAUCGUCGAUGUGAGAACUACAGGUGGAAUGCGACUAAAGAUUUCAAAUUCAGAAAACUUUGCUAUUGUUAAAGUUAUUCCGGCUUAUGCAGUUAUUAACGAUAAUUACUUUAUUAACGAAUUGCUGGAAGUUUUCUCAAACAAAACUAAAUUUGAGGCAUAA